CCCCAGCCUGUGCCCACCUCCACAAAUACUCACUUCCGGGGACAGCUUGGUGCUGACCUCUACGCAGCCCAGCGAAGCCAGGAAGCGCAGGGGACCCAACUAGCCAGACACUAUGGACGGUCGCGUGCAGCUGAUGAAGGUAUUCAUGGCUUGGCCUCGGCCCAACCGGCGCCGCUGGAGAAACCCGAUUCCUUUUCCUGAGACGUUUGACGGGGACACCGACAAGCUCCCAGAGUUCAUCGUGCAGACCGGCUCCUACAUGUUCGUGGACGACAAGACGUUCUCCAGCGACGCCCUGAAGGUGACGUUCCUCAUCACCCGCCUCACGGGCCCGGCUCUGCAGUGGGUGAUGCCCUACAUCGAAAAGGACAGCCCCCUCCUCAGCGACUACCGGGGCUUCCUGGCCGAGAUGAAGCGGGUCUUCGGAUGGGAGGAGGACGAGGACUUCUAGGCCGCGAGACCCUCGGGCCUGAGGCUGGUGCUCGGGGAGGGUCGGCUGUGCCAGUCUGUGCGGGCGCCCUACCCCCUACGCCCCACCGCCCUGCCCGCCUGGCCCCUCCAGUGGCCCCUCUCCCUGUGCUCUCGCGCUCGCGUCCCCUCCCGCUCCCCCGUGGUGCUGCCUUUGUUCCAGGAAUAGCGCUCCAGCUCCAGCUGAGGCCACCACUAACCCUGGACCUGGCUCUGGAUCCUGGAGCGCCCAGCAGCCCUCUGCUGCCAACCGGCCCCUCCCACGCCCUCUGGACGCUGUCCUCUGCUCCAGCCUCAGGCGGGGCCUGUUACACAGAGCUGGACAGGCCACCCACACCCGGCCUGGCCCUGCCAACCGCCUGACUGCACCCCUCUGCCCACACCCUAUGCUGCCCUGCCAUCACCCUCCACCGCACCCACCCACGCACAGCUGCCCUUGCCAUCUGGACUCAGCUCUGAGGUGCCUGAGCUGACCACAGCCCGUUGACACGGAUUCAGAGGGCUGGUCGUCCCUCUGCAGGGCCACUCCAGCCUCACUUCAGCGGGUCCCAUUCCCUCCCCUCUCUGAGACCUCUUUGUGUUCCUGGCAGCCAGAUUCAGUCAUUCCUUUUCUCCUGAGGGCCAGUUAGUUUCCCCAGUGUGCUGUUCUCUUCUGAACUUGUAGCUCUCUCUGAGGUGUGUGCCUUUGUUUCAACACACUAACCCCUGUGAUCUUUCCAGCUCUUCUACACUACCUGUACAAAAGUCUUUUCCUUACUUUCAAUAAAUAUUAGAAAUUAUUUAAAAUGAAAA